UUUCGUUUGGCCAUGCCAUGACGGGAUCACGGCAUGGCCCAGCUGGCGAUAUCAGCAAAAGUGGACUUCUUUAGAUACAUCUCCUUAGUGUCAUACAAUAUCAUAUGUCCAGUUGAUACACUGCCAGCCUUACCUCUCCCGGCGUUACGGGUGGCUGGCUCGUCAGGGGUUGGGCUGCCAACCAAAUGUCGACUCGUGCGGAUGCAAGGCCCAAAUCUCUCGCCGCCGCGCUUUUCUAGCCAAUACCUGUAUCAAUAAGGGUUGCGCCUCAGCGGCUAUGCGGUUUUUGAUUUACAGUGGCAGGGCCAAGCUUGUCAAUCCUAUUCGCCCACAACCUCGCGUGGCAGGUUCAUUCCCAGCUUCAGCGACAUGAUGAGCCCAGCCUGCGCGGAUAAAGCCUGGCCAGCUUCCCGAACUCAUGUCGGUCGGAUCGGGCAGCCCUUCUCUCCUUCGCUUAACCCUUUAAUCGCUGUGUUGUACGAAUCGCUUAGGCCACCCCCCGACCCCUUAGCAGUUUCUCUUAUCUGAGCCAGCGUCCCUUACCAUUCAUCAGAAAAUUCUCUGCGUCCCCGUCGCCGGAACUCCUACCUGGUCUACCAUCGGCUACAGCGAUGAGCCGUUGGCACAAGUCAUGGUGCGGCGCUGAGGAGGAGGGCGUGCAGGUGGGACCGGGCGGCGUACCUCACUGUCUGACCUGUCUCCGGUCUCCGGAUGUCGUGCAGCUCCUUGCGCAAUUGGCCCUGGAGCAUUCCCGAUUGAACAUCCCACCGGACGAGCCUCCUGGCGAGAUGAAUCUUGCAUGGCCCCCGACCGUUCCGUAUCUGAGAUCGGGGGUGGAAGAGACGACGGCCGAGGCGGGCCUCGAUGUCGCCGUUUCCCAGCCGCCGCGGGAAUCGUCCAGCGCCAGCACAUCGCAGCCUCAAGCUGCGCCGAACACAGAGCAUCCGUCUUCGGUGUACCCGCAAACCCUACGCCCAGACCAGAUACGUCUUCUGGUCCUGGACUCCCGCGAUACACCUAGUCGCGCAGCCGAGGCCGACGAUAACUGGCCGAUCCACGUCGAGCUCAAAGCGUACAACGACGACGACUGUCCGGAGUACGAGGCCGUCUCUUACGCCUGGGGCGGAGAGGAUGGAAACAGCUUACCGUGCCGACCUGUCUAUGUCGGGCGACCUUGGGAUCUCCUCUUUCAAACAAGAAACUGCUACGAAAUGCUCCGCCUCCUCCGCCCCCGACAUGGCCUUCGGUUUAUUUGGGUGGAUGCCCUCUGUAUCAACCAGAGUGAUCUCGAAGAAAGGAGCCAGCAGGUGGCCAAAAUGGCAUUUAUUUACGGGCAUGCCUUACGGGUUGUUCUCUAUCUAGGGCCGGACAUGGUUGCCCAUUUGCCGCCAUCAUCGUUCCCAACCAGACGCAAGUUGGAGGAUCUGGUGCCUCAUUCUGCGCAACCGCCGCCCUUUCCCGAUCUUCAUCUCCAGGAUCUGCUGGGGCGCCGAUAUUUCAGUCGGAUCUGGGUCGUCCAGGAACUUUUGCUCGCCAAGCAGGUCCUGGUACGCAUACGAGAUGUUGACUUCGUGGCGGAUCACCUAACAUCCUCGAACCUGCUCGGCCGCUCCGCCUGGAGCUGGGCAGAUACCCCGGCUCCGUGGCUUGCCCACGUUUCCCAAGGCACCAUCAGCCCAGCCGAACUUCUGAGAAUCGGCAUCAGCCGCGAGGCCAGCGACCGGCGAGACAAUGUCUUCGGCGUCCUGGGCCUGCUGCAUCCAGACCUGCGCCUGGUCCCAGACUACUCGAUCAGUGCCGUCCAUGCUCGCAUCGGCUUUGUGGCACAUUGCCUGCUCAAAGGGGACGCGCCGGACGUCCUGCUGCACCCCGGAUCUCGUAACGCCACCGUGUAUCCCUCUUGGGUACCAUGGCCGGCCGUCGGAAAUACCGCCUGGCGCCCUGUCACUUCGACACUGGAUAGGUCGUGGAGAGAAACUUUGGCGCGAAGCCACAACGGGAUGCUCGACAUCCAUACUAUCAACGUCAACGAUGUCCCUCCCGAACUAGAUGUCGAAUGGCAUCGAGACGCCCACGUCGACCCCACCACCGGCUCCCUCAGCCUUCAGCUUGUUCGUCUGAUGGCAAUUGAGAGCACCCCGCUCAAACUUGCGAGCUCCGAUGGGUUCACUAUAAUGGAGCUGUCCAAGCCGAACUCGCCCUGGCGCUUUUGCUUGGUCUUCCAGGAGACACCUCACGAGCUGGAUCUGAGGCCCGGAGACGAUCACAUAUUCAUACUUGACGGCGAUACAAACCCGCCCUUCGACCUUGCUCCGGUGAUUCUCGUCAUGCGGCGCGUGUCCAAAGAACGCCUAGGUUUCCAACUCGUCGCCUGCUGCCACCAAGUUUACAUUUCUUGUUCAUCCGGACGCGGACUGGCCCCUAUACCUCGUCCGCAUGCCCCAUUACCUCACCACAGCUUCCUGCAUUCCGAUUCCCUGUCUCAGAUUCUCGAGGAGCGCCAACGCGAAGCCUUCUCCCGUCUCAAGCGCAUAUUCUUUUGGCAAUACGGCUACGGACUCGUGCUCCUACUGCCAACGAUUAUAGCAACGGUCUUGGUCGUUUCCAACAGCCGGUGGAGACCGUUCAUGCCGGCGCCUUUAGUAAUAUGGGCACUCACAUCCUUCCUUGUGUACCUGCUCUCAUGCAAAUACAGCCUCGAAAGCCAGCCGGGUUUCAAACGCAAGCUUGAUCUCAAAUUCGAACACAAACUCGAGGAUGAACGCGAACUCGAGUGCGAACGCAAACUCGAGCGUGACCGCGAACUCGAGUGCGAACGCAAACUCGAGCGUGACCGCGAACCCAAACCCGCCCCGAAAGAUCCAUGUCUGCGCCGCAGUCUUUUGGAGCAUAUUCGAGUCUCCAGCUUGGCAAGGGAGAUACGGAAACAAUCUGCCCUGCAGGGCCCGCAGGGCCAUACAUCCACAGUGCUCGAGGUUACGCCUGAUAUGGCAAGCCUCUUGCGAACGCUGAGGGCGAUGCAAGGGGUUCUGAACGACGAGCGGGGCGCCUCGCCCUCCUUCGUGGACAUUGUCAUAAAGGAGCGCGCCGGGGCAACGCCGAUGGUAACGUCCUUUAAUGGCGUCCAGUGCGUGGAAUUUCACGUUUUCCUGUCCGAUCUCAGCAUGAUGAAUUUGUUGUUCAACGUAGUGGCCCUGGCGAAGGCGCCCCCGGCCUGCCUUUGGCGACGAGGGCCUGUGUGGGCUUUGGGUCUGGAUGCCGGAGGGCCAGAGGAAGACGACUUUCACCACAUCACCGUCGUUGAUAUGUGCGCCCUCUUUCACUUUGUGGGCCGGAAGAAGCCGGGAGGAGACGCGGUGCUGGCCGGCACGAAGCGGUCGUUAUACGCACUCCUGCCCGUCGAAAUUCUCAAAGAGUGCUACCGCAAGCUCUGGCCGACCUGGUUCGCUGAGUUACGAGUUGCCGGGCUCGGCAGGGGGUUGACGGCGGAGGGUGGUCGUGAAGAUGAUGAACUGUCGCUGUUCCUCAAGUGGGCAUCCAGGCUGCCCGAGGACGAGCCGCUGCCACAAUCGGCGCGCGAAGAUCCGGACUACAAACGGAACGUCCCCUAUUGGGACCCCGAUGUGAUGGAGUUUGGUGUUGACGGGAGCACUUACAGGGUGUCCAUUGUAUAA